AAUGUGUUCUCCUGUCAUGGGUGAUGACCUUAAAGAUUCUGUGGUAACUUGCUGGAAGACAAUCCUGUAUAAUGUGCUUAUUGGUGUUGUGCUUGUUCUCAUAAUUAUAAUCACCAUAUGUGGCAAUGUGGUUGUAUGCCUGGCUGUGGGCUUUGACCGGAGGCUCCGUAGCAUGACCAACUGUUUUAUUGUCUCCUUGGCCAUCACAGACUUGCUACUUGGUCUUUUGGUGCUACCAUUCUCAGCCUUGCAUCUGUUACAAGAAGAAUGGCCAUUUGGGGCAACCUUCUGCAACAUUUACACCAGCCUGGAUGUCAUGUUGUGUACAGCUUCUAUCCUAAAUCUUUUUAUGAUAAGCCUGGACCGUUAUUAUGGUGUCACAGCUCCUCUUCAGUAUUCAAUGUUUGUCACUCCAUGCCGGGUGGCUAUCGCUAUGGGAGUAAUAUGGAUUGUAUCCCUUAUGGUCUCAUUCCUUCCCAUCCAUCUGGGUUGGAACACAAAAGAUAAAAUAAUCCAGAACUUUAGAGAUGACGAUGACAGCAAGGAAUGCAAAUUGGAAUUGAAUAAGGAGUAUGUGUUGGUGGAUGGCCUACUUACAUUCUACCUCCCCUUGUUUAUUAUGUGUCUGAUGUAUUAUCGAAUCUUUAAAAUCGCAAGGGAACAAGCCAAGAGGAUUAACCAUGCCAACUGUAGCAAUGCUGUUAGCCCCACACUACCCACAGUCCGAGAACAUAAAGCAACUGUGACUUUGGCAGCUGUAAUGGGGGCUUUCAUUAUCUGUUGGUUCCCUUAUUUUACAGUCUUUACAUACCAAGGAGUCAAUGACAUUGAAGUGGAUGAGACAGCCUUCUUAAUUGUGUUGUGGUUAGGCUAUGCCAAUUCCGCUCUCAAUCCAAUUUUAUAUGCUGCUCUGAACAGAGACUUCCGCACAGCUUACCAGCGUUUACUUCAUUGCCGGCGAGUGGGGCCCUUGAGCAAUGAAACACCACUGACACUACUUCACAUUCGUCGUCCUGGGGAGAGGACACCACAAGAAAUGCAACAUAUCCAGGAGGAGAAGAUACACAAAUUACAAGAGAAUGGGAAAGAAGGCAGUUCAUUCAUUGGAAGCACAUUAGAGAGGGAUCAACGUAAACUGUGCAGUAAGUGCUUGGAUUUCACAACCUGCAGGAGAGGACUAUGGCUGCUUAACUUCCUCUCAAAGCAGGACAUAAGGACCUCUAUGUUAAAGAAUACCACAGAUGAAGCUUUAGAUGAAACACAAAUGCCUGAGCCUGGAAUCCUAUUGUCUUCACGCAUCCCUGAUACCCUGCCCUAAGAAUACACCAAAAUGGCAGAGUUGUCAUGUCUGUUCUUAGCUGGAUUGCCAUCCAAGGAUGAGGUCCAUGACUGGAUGUUUUAUUUUUUAUGAAGUAUAUUUCUACCAACCCACAGUUGCAAAUUCUUGG